AAAAAGGUGAAUAGUAUAUUUAUUUUAAAAAAAUUAUUCAACACUGAACAAUAAAAACAUUUUUCAGCCCCUCAAAUAUAGUAAAAUGGUUUGAAGUUUCAAACCAUUAAGUACCAUCAGUUGGUUUAAAACACAGAACAAAGUUGUUGAUGUGUUUUUGUGUCUAGGAACUUCUAAAAUGAAUUUUAAGAAGGAUAAGAAAAACAAAGGCAAACUAUGAAGCAAUUUCAAAUUCAAAAAUUAAUCAUGGCUUCAUCAGAUCCAACAGACCUCAAUAAAAUGUGGGAACUUUCACUAUACGAAAGGCAUAGAGCUCCUCAAGUAGCUGUUACUGACAACACCGAAGUUGAAGUAUCGCCAAGAAGUCUACAGAAUGAACUAAUGUGUCCAAUAUGUUUGGAAGUUUUGAAAAAAACAAUGACUGCUAAAGAAUGUCUCCAUAGAUUCUGUUCAGACUGUAUUGUGACUGCUCUUCGUUCAGGGAAUAAAGAAUGCCCCACUUGUCGUAAGAAACUAGUAUCUAAACGGUCACUACGCCGUGAUCCAAAUUUUGAUCUUAUCAUAUCUAAGAUAUAUCCUAACCUUGAUGAAUACGAAGCACAGCAAACAAAAGUAUUGGAAACGUUAAAUAAGAGUCAAAGUCAGGCCAAUUUAGUUCAGUCAAUAAACGAAGGUAUUAAAUUACAAACUCAAAAUCGACAACAACGAAUCAAAAAGAACCAACGAGAAAAACUAAAUGAAAGUAGCUCAUCAAUUACUUCAAAACCUUCAAAUAGUUCAGGACAAGACAAUGUAACAAGAACAAUGGUACAAACAAAAGUGGCAAAAAAGAUGAAAUCUGUUAUGAUCUCAGAAAAAGAAGGACCUGCUUCAACUGUUGACACUUCGGAUACAGCAGAAUGUAUUGGUGCAUCAAACGGUGUGCCAGUAGAUGAAAUAGAACUAGUAUUAAAACCUCAUCCUACAAUAAUGGAGAGUGAAAAUCCAUUUAUCACAGUUUUGAAAGAAAACUCUGUACGUUACAUAAAAACUACAGCUAAUGCAACAGUUGAUCAUUUGAGUAAGUACUUAGCUAUGCGAUUGGCGGUAGACCUUGGUGCUGAGCUUCCAGAACGACCUCUUGAUUUUUUGAUGUAUGUUGUACCCACCGCAGAUCAAUUUCUUCAAGUCAAAGGCAAUCAAACACUUCGAAACAUACAGGAUAAGUUUUGGAAGGUAAACAAACCUCUGGAAAUGUUUUACUCUUUCGCGUAAAGUAUUUAUUUAUUAAUGAUUUCUUAAGUUUUAAGCAUACUCAAUAAUGUAU